AUUCAGCAACCAGUCAUGAUACAAAACGGGAAAAUGACCAACAAGACUUUUAUCCCACCUUCUAAAACAACUUCCUUCGCCACCUCCCUACUGCAAUCCGCAUCUCUCUCCGCCGAACAUGCUGCUGUCAUCUCCUCCGCUCUCACCCUCGCUGACCUGCGGGGAGUUGACACGCAUGGAUUAAACCGGCUACCAGGCUAUCUCGUACGCAUCAAAACCGGUGCUCUCAAUCCAAACCCGUCUUUCAAGUUCAACGCGAAAACCCCCGUGUGCGCGCUACUCGAUGCUCAAAACACUUUCGGUUUUCUAGCUGCGCAUGCCGCAGUUGAGUAUGCUUGUGGCGUGGCAGAAACGUAUGGGGUAGGGAUUGUCGGAGUGAAAAAUUCCGGUCAUUAUGGUAUGGCGGCUACGUAUUUGCUGCAGGCGUUCGAGCGCGGAAUGGGAUGUAUGGCUUUUACGAAUGCGUCGAGGUCAAUGCCAGCUUGGGGUAGUAAGGAGGCUUUACUGGGCACGAGUCCCUUUGCUGUGGGCUUGCCGCCUGGCAGUAAGGAACGAGCGAAAGGUGGGAGGGGAUGGGUUUUGGAUAUGUCGCCUGCUGUUGUUGCAAGGGGCAAAAUAAGAAAAGCAGCUCGCCACGGCGAGUCCAUUCCAGAAGGCUGGGCCUUGGACGCCACGGGCUCGCCAACCACUGAUCCCAACGCCGCCCUGGCAGAUGGUGCCGUCGUGCUACCUAUCGGAGGCCCUAAGGGCAGCGGGUUGGCCAUGAUGAUGGACAUCUUUGGGGGCCUAUUGACAGGCGCCAGUUUUGCCGGCGAUGUUAACGAUCAGUAUAAAGUGGCAGAUCAACCCCAGGGUGUAGGGCAUUGGUUCAUGGUUUUUAGACCAGAUGUGUUUCUAGAUGGUGGUGACAAUGGUAGUGAGGGAAUGGAGGAGUACAAACUACGAAUGGAUAAAUUGUUUGACCGCGUCAGGAAUAGCGAGAAGGCAGCCGGGGUCCAGAGGAUAUAUACAUCUGGGGAAAUCGAGGAUGAGGUGGAGAAAAAUAGAAGAGAAGAGGGGAUUCCGUUCACAAGCAGUGAGAUCGACACACUGAAUCGGAUUGCCGAGGAGUGGGGAAGCCAGGAGCGGUUGCCUUGAGCUUUUGCUUGUUUCUAUCAUUAUUGAACUUAGAGCUAGUAGUGAUACACCCUAGAUACUCCCACUUGAUAGACAUCAAUAGAUUGACAGGAUUGCUUGCCGGUCAAAGUCCGACGUGUGGAUAGUCCGAGAAAAGGCCCGAAAUGAGCCCCGCGCGGAACAUUUCCGAUC